AUGCAACUCAGCCUCCUGUGCAGCCUGGCUCUGUUAUCCUGGAUCACCUGGACUGCCUGUUGGAUGAUGUGGGUGAACAACUGCCUUCCAAUAAUGAUGUAUUACCUGCAACACCUUCUAAACCUCAGAAAAGUCAGUUAUCUGCAGCAGUGGUUUCCACACCAACAGCAUUAUCUAGCCAUCCUGUUGAACAUGGAGGCCCCACCUGAGCCAAGGGAUUGUGUCCUGUGUGGAGCAGAUGGAAUUUUCCAGUGCACUGAGGGUGCCCAUCAGCCAGUCUUCUGCACCAUGUGUUGCCAGGCAGAACACAAGCACCAGCCAUUCCACAGGGUGGAACAAUGGAAUGGAACAUUCUUUGAGGAAUCAUCACUGCAGCUGGCCAGUUUGGUACUGCAUGUUGGGCAUGGUGGGAAGCACUGCCCAGCCAGUGGUUGUUCAAAUGAUGAAGUCACAACUGAGGAGGAAGAUGAUUGGGAGGAUAUGCCCUGGGGCAGAGGAUUCACACAUACAGCUGAUGCAGGCUGGGAUGUUGCCUGCUACCACAAAGGCCACAAGGACUGCAUUUACCUUCCAAGACAAUGUGGAAUGUGGUACCUCAGCAAUGAAUUUCUACAGCAAACUUUGCUGCAUAACCUCCAAUGCCUUUCCUCAUCUGGUGCCAAUGAUAGGCACAGGGAACUUCUGAGAGUUGCUAGGAUGUGGUGGCUCCUGAAACUACUGAAAUGGCAGGGAUCCCACAUGAGUGCAGAAGAUGCCAGCCCCAGGGAAUUAGUGUUAUUCUGUCCAGCAUGUCCCCAACCCAACAUCAACAUUCCUGAAGAUGCAACAGAUUAUUCCCAUUGGACACUGGCAAGAAGCUUGGUCAUGGAUGGGAAUUUCAAGGCAGAGCAUAUGCAUCCAAAGGACACUGGCAGCAAAGCCUGGUUGAUGGAUGGAAAGGGGUACAUGGUUGCAUCACAGCCAUACAAGGAAUAUUUGAGCAGCACUAAAAAUGUGGUUGAGAUCUCAGAUUGCAGCAAUCAUUGGGCAGUUAAUCAAGCAAAUGCCAACCAGCAGCAGCUCACAUCUACAGGAAUAGGUGGAUGUGCCUGUGCAUGGCAUGGCUGUUUUGUGCUGCAUGCAAUGGUCAACUUCCAGAAGGGCAAACAGCAGGUUAACAUGGAUUAUGCACUUGUGCAUGCCAUCAGCCAUGGCACAGUCCCUGGCCAGCAAGUGGAUGGGGAGAUCAUGGAAACCUUGUGGUCCUCCCUGAAUAUCAUUUCCCCAUCUGCUAGAGGCAUGGCUACUCCCCAUCAGCAGGAGGCUACAGCAAUGAGACUCAAGUGGAAACUCAAGGUUGCUGAGGAAUCUUAUUUAGUGGUUGAAGGCAGGUUUGCUGAUUUGAAUGGUAAUGUCCCACUGGCAAUCAGCCAAUCAUGGGGGGAAGAAGUGGCAGUGGCAUUGGACAACCAGCUGUCAAGGCCACAGGCCAUGGAUAUAUAUGAAGUCAGGCUGCAGAAAGGAUUUGGGCUGAGUGGUAUUGAAGCUCCCUCUGCAAAGGCAAUCAAGAUAGAUUUACUGGCCAUCCCUCAGCCAGGGCAUUCACAGGGUAUGGUGACCUGGAUUGUGAAGGCAUUGAAGAUAGAGGAAGCACAAAUCCAGCUUGCAGUGGCAUGCUGGCACAUCACCUCAAGAGCAACAGAAGCUCAAAAUCUCACCAUUGCAUGGUAUGUGACACUAAUGGAGCUGCAACUGUGGCAAGGACAGGCCAAUGAUUGUCUUCAUGAACUGUGGCUUGUGCUUGCAGAGAAGGCAGUCAUCUUUCAAACUGACAUUUGCCAUGGAAGUAAUUACCACAUGGCCAUGUGUGCCUGGGGAAGGGUGGCCAAUGCUGAAGCAGCUGUGCAAUGUCAUGCCACUGUGUACUGCCAGUGCCACAUUCAAAUGGGCAGGUUAGGGGCUGGGCCAGACAUCCUGGAGCAAUACAAAGAGUUGAAUGACUCCAACCUAACUAUCAGUAUGGCAGUAUCUGACCCAAAUGCCAGAGGUCACAGGGAUGAUACCCUACCUUGGAUCUGGACAAUGGAUGUACCAAGGGACAUGGCCACUAAUGAUUGGAUGUCAGAAUUUUACAGGGUCAAUUGGCUCCAGAUGAGAGCACUGUGGGACAGAUGGAAGGAGGAGUAUGACAUCUCAUCUUUCAUGCUGUACUUGGGAAUGAGGUUUUGUUGCCUUGUCACUGCCAUGAAGAAGCUGGAUUGGUCUGAAUACUGGCACACAAGUUGGUAUCAACAUUUCCUGGCAGAAGUGGUAAGCCACUGUUCCUGUGGUGGUGCAAUGGUUGAUAGUGGUACAGGGAUUAAGGAGUGCCAUGUCAAACUGGCCACUAUCAUGGCCCAUGCAUGGUGGCAGAAUGACAGUGGCAAAGUGGAAUUGGGAUAUGAGAGGAGACCACUGCAGGACAUAAUGCAGAAGCUGCAGAAUUUUUUGCAGGAGUAUUGGUAA